GCCGCAGUGCCUGUGUUACCAUAGUAACGUUGGUCUGACUGUCGUUUGCUUUCACCGUUUUGUCAGUAAAAGAAAUAGUUAAAUUAUUUUUAUGUAUUUUACCUUACAAAAUAGAUUUUUUUCAGGUACAGCACGGAGGGCUGUGUAUGUGCAGUUUCCUGGCAUCUCGACGUGUGGGGCGCAGGGUUAUGACGUCACCCGAGCGCGAAGUCUUCGAAAAAGAUGUCAGAUGUGAAGUUGCAUGAGCGUUAAUGGUUCCUUCCUUGAAGCCAUGACUGCUGAGGUCUACACUGUUCUAUAUACCCACCAGAAGGCUAAAAAGGCUAAGGUUUGGCAAGAUGGUUGUUUGAAGACAUCAGGACAGCAGGCAGUGUUAUAUAGUGACAAAGGACAGCGCUUGGAAAGUGUUUAUCUAAAAACUGGAAAGGUAAACCCUGGAGAUGAACUGGAAAGUGAUCGUUAUCUAAUAACAGUGGAAGGAGUGGGUGAUAACACCAGCUCCACAAAGAGCCCUGCUGAAAAUAAAGAUGUCUACAACUUUAGCAGGAUUUCUCUAAAACCUAUGGGUCUGCGGCUUCCAAUUGGUUUAAAAAGAAAGUUUACUGGCUUCCAAGGUCCACGUGAAAUUACAAAGAAGCCAUCUCUAGAGGUGGAGGAAACUUCAGUUCUGCCAGGUCCUCAGUUGACGCAUGGAUUUUCUUCACAGUCUCCACAGUUAUAUGCUGCAUCUCCUUUAUUUGCUGCUCCUUACAGGAAACAGCCAGAUAAAGACAAGCAUGCAAACAGUUUUUCAGAACAGACAAUAGAGACUACCGCAAAUCCAUAUGAAAGAGAAAAUAUUUUUCACAAUGACUUUUUGGCUUCAACAGAAAAUACUAAAGAAGGAGAAAUAACUAAACAAAACCCAAGAAGUACGGCACAGAUUUUAGCUCUAUUGGACACUCUGCCUAGUCAGAAGGCAUCAGGUGAUGAUCUUGUGUGCAGUCAUGAGGUCCAGAGAACUGCAUCUGUACAAAAUAGCGUAGGAGAUGCGCAACCUUGUAAUCUGCCCAUUCAGCUACCACCUGUAAGAUGUGAGCCUCUCAAGAGUCGAUGGGAUGUCUACAUAGAUAACACUCCAGCUUCUAGUACUGCUCAGAUUGACCAUGUUGACUUUGUAACGCCACUGAGUCCAAGAAAGAGCCUUGAUAUCAGUCAUACUAAUCCUUUAAUGAAUAGUAAAGCAAGGCAAGAAAAAGUAAAGAGCUUAGACAGAGAAACAGAUAUGGUAGACAACAAGCAUCUGUCUAAAUCCCAAACUUCUGAACCUGGCCUGACCAAAGAUCAGUCACUUCCUCCAGACUCCUUGGCUAGUAAUGCUGAUGACUGUAUCAUAGAUUAUGAAAACCAUGAUGGAGCUUUCUCAGAAAUCACAUUUAAUCUAAUGGACAGUUUUGAUUUAACAGAACUAGAUGAUGCUGAGUCAACCGAAAGCCAGCCAGGAAGUGUAUCGGACUCAACUAGAAUGUGUGCAGACUUAAUGGAAAAACAAGAAAAGAAAAAUCAAGAAAAACAUACUGAGAAUGAAUUGUUAAAAAAUGACUAUACUCAAAGCGCCAUACUUCAUGGAAAUAUCACAGAUUGUGAUAUCACAGCAGUGUCUGACUUGUCAUGUGUCAAAGCCGAAUCCACUAUACAAACACUCCUAAAGAGCCAAUCUGAAAUGGCCAAAGCUGGGGACAAUGACCACAAACCAGAGGUAAUGAUUGAGGCCACUGUUAUACCGACAGUAGAAUGUUCACUUCCAAACAAAGCUAAGAUGAGCCACAUUUCUUUUAGGCAGAUUAUGUUUCAGUCAGAUGACGUAUCCAAGCUAAAGACAUUAACCAAAAAUCUGGAUGACUCACUUGGCAAAUCACGUUCUCUAUUGCCAAAUGCCAACAUGCACCAUUCUGUUCAAGGGUCUAAUAAAGAUUGUAACACACCUGAACUAUGGGCUUCAGGAAGAGGCAUUUUACCCUUGAAAUCUUUAACAGAGCCUAGCAGCGCUAUAGAAAGUCUGAAUGUGUUGUGUUCGAGGCCUGAAGCCAUAACCAAGAAUGUAGGCACGGAGAAGGUAGAAGAGCAAGGGUUCCUGGCAACUGUAGCCAAAGGGUCGUUAAGUCAGAGGGAGAUGCCCCUGGCAAGUAGUGAAGAUUACAGGGCAGCACCUACAGUCAUUGCAGAACCCCCUUUUCCACCAGCAUUGACUACCCCUCACUGCCCCGUACAACAUCUGGUUUCCCCCUGCAGUCACCAGUCUGGAUCCAGACAUAGUCCCUCUAAUUUUAAAGGUCCAUCCUCUCAUAAUUGCCUCCCUCAAUGGAUUGUGGGAACCCCAGGUUCAGACUGUGAUUGGGAGUUGUCACAAAGGUCAUCAAGCAAAUCUAAUAAGGUGAAGACACCAACACAGAAUCUAUCUAAAAAUGUACCUCGUUUUUUUCUGAGGCCAGGACAAGGCAAUGUGGCUGAGAACUCUGCAAUCCUAUUAUGUGACUCUAUAGCUUCUCUGGAGCAAAACUAUCUUUUGGACUCUACAAAAAUCUCCAAAGUACAGUCCAGGCUUAUGAAGGAGUUAACAGCAGUCUCUGUAGCAGAGGAGGACGUGGAUAAUGUUGCAUGCAAUACAACAAAAGAUCUAAAGCCUAGUUCUUUCUUAUUAAGUAAUGGCAGAAGUGUUGUGUCUUCAGAAGUAAAGUCAAGCAAAUGGACAGUGUAUCAGAGCUUUUCUCCUGGAAGGUCACAAGAUAUUAAAAAAGAAAACAGUGAUUUUUGUCCACAAAGUGUAUUUAGAAGUCAGGACAGAACAGAUGAAAUACUGAAUAGUGAUCUGGAACCCACUGCCUUAUGUCACCUGGCCUAUUUAAAGGAUAAACCUGGCAGUGAAAAUUGUAUCGAUACAGAAUCAAGGAAUCAGAUCAUAGCUAAAAUCCAUACCCAAACUGGUCAUUUUCAGCCUCUUGUAGGGAAAAAACGUCUAUAUUCACAAGAUACAAAGGAUGAGCAGAUUGUGCUGUCCUGUGAACUUGGAUUUCCAUGUAGACAGACUGUUCUAUCUUCAUCAGUUCCAAAGAGAAAAAUAAAAAUUCCAGCUUUGUUCAAAUCUGCAGCACAUUAUAAGCAAGUCUCCAGUGCUUGUCUUGCAGAACAUUUGAAUAUAAUAAUGUAUGAGCUGUCACAGCGACUGCACAGAGCUUUCUCCAAAGUUGACAUGUCUUUUUAUACUUCAAACGGAGAUGAGACACAGAAGAAAGAUAAUGCUGCUCCCCUUUGUCUACACCAACAGCCAGCUAAGCUUGUAAUGGUCAGAAAAGAAGGCCCCAACAAGGGCCGCUUCUUUUAUUCUUGUGAUGCACCCAAAGACAGUCAAUGUAAGUUCUUUAAAUGGCUAAAUGAAGUAAAGGGGACACAUAUAAGAAGGGACACACAGGAAUCCCGAUUGGUUAUGACAGAUAUGAAAAGUCUGUCUGGAUACAUCAGAUGUCAGAAUAUGAACCUGUAUGAGGAGAGCCAGCUCAUUAUUAGAAAAAUUUCGACUUUUCCAAAAAGACAGUUUGGGAAAUUUCAAAAAUUUGCCAAUGUGGAUUCCGAAUUUACUGGAGAGUCGAAACCAAAACUGUAUCUUAAGCUGAGUCGUAAGCAUAGUUCAUCUGCUUACAGCAAAGAUGAUCUCUGGGUUGUUUCAAAGACCCUGAACUUUGAUCCACUGGAUACAUUCAUUGCUUUCAGUGUUUUCUUUGGACCCUCUGCUAACAAUGAUAUAGAGAUUUCACCUUUAAAAGGAUAUAGCCCAUCCAACUGGCCAUCAAAUAUGGUUGUCCAUGCAUUACUGGUUUGUAAUGCAAGUACAGAACUGACAUCUUUGAGAAACAUACAUGAGCACUUUAACCCAUCUUUACUGCCCAUAAUGCCUCAUCUUCUCACAAUGUCUUCUGAAUGUGAGAAACCAAUAAAAAUUCCUAGAGGGAAAUUCAAACCACCUGCUAUGACUGCCAAAGUCUCCAGCAAAUGUAAUAUUGCUGAUCAUACAUUUGUGUUGAAUUUAGCAAAGGACAUGAUUACACAAUUUUGUCUGAAUGAAGACCAAGCCACUGCGUUGGUGCAAAUAGCACAUAUGAUGGCUAGCUCUGACACCGAAGGACCCCAGUCUGCACCCAUCACAAUCAUUCAUGGAGUUUUUGGUGCUGGAAAAAGUUACCUGCUGGCAGUGGUUGUUUUGUUCCUAGUUCAUCUUUUUGAAACGCAUAAUCCUCCUGAAGAACAUGAUUCAUUCCAUUGGAAGUUACUGAUUUCGUCCUCCACAAAUGUAGCAGUUGACCGUGUACUUCUGGGAUUACUAAAUCUUGGGUUUGACCAGUUUAUUAGAGUUGGCAGCAUAAGAAAAAUUGCAAAGCCCAUUCUACCUCACAGCAUACAUGCUGGGUCUGAGAAUGAAAGUGAACAGCUUAAGGAACUUCAAGCCCUAUUAAGAGAAGACUUAACCCCUGGAGAAAAAGCAUAUGUUCGAAAAAGUAUUGAGCUACAUAAACUGGGCACCAAUAAGUCAUUGUUGGGACAGGUUCGUGUAGUUGGGGCAACUUGUGCAGCGUGUCCCUUCCCUUGUUUGAGUAAUUUGAAGUUUCCAGUUGUGAUUCUUGAUGAAUGCAGUCAGAUGACAGAGCCAGCAUCUUUGCUUCCAAUUGCCAGAUUUCAGUGUGAAAAGCUGAUCCUUGUUGGAGACCCAAAGCAACUUUCUCCUACAAUCCAAGGUUCAGAGGCUGCUCAUGAAUAUGGACUGGAACAAACUCUCUUUAAUCGGCUUUGCUUAAUGGGCCAUAAAGCAUUUAUGCUAAGGACCCAGUAUCGCUGUCACCCCUCUAUUAGUGCUGUGGCUAAUGAACUGUUUUAUGAAGGGAAUCUGUUAAAUGGAGUAUCAGAGGAAGACAGGAAGCCCUUAUUGGACUGGUUACCCACAUUAUGCUUCUAUAAUGCAAAUGGAACAGAGCAGGUAGAGGGGAAUAAUAGCUUCUAUAAUGUGGAGGAAGCCAACUUUACAGUCAAGCUUAUUCAGUCACUGAUUGGAAGUGGUGUACAAGGAUCCAUGAUUGGAGUUAUUACGCUCUACAAGUCACAGAUGAAUAAGAUUUGCUGUAUGCUUAGCUUUGCCGCUGUAAGUGACCCAUCACACAUUAAAAUGGUUCAGGUAUCCACGGUGGAUGCCUUCCAAGGAGCUGAAAAGGAAAUCAUCAUCCUGUCUUGUGUCCGGACAAGGCAGGUUGGGUUCAUAGACUCAGAAAAGAGGAUGAACGUUGCACUGACUCGGGGAAAACGACAUUUAUUAAUUGUUGGCAGUCUCGCCUGCUUGAGAAAGAACAAGCUGUGGGAGCAGGUUAUCCAUCACUGUGAAAGGCAUAAAGAUGGAUUAAAUCAUGUAGGUCAGUGGGAUGAAAGGUUAAAUGCUAUACUUGCACUUUAUCAAGAAAAGAAAGAAGAGGUGGCAUCAAGUACACAGAGGAACCCUAACAAAACAAAUUCUAGGAAGACCUAAGUGAAGAAGUUACGAUGGUUAUCCUAUCCUCUACUACCGGACCUAUACAAAAGUGAAGUUAAUCCAAUGUCUAUGACCUAUGUUUCUAUAUAUUAACACUUCAGAGAGUCUUGUCACAUUUAAAUGUGAAAACUUGAGAUGAGCAAAUUUUUAUUAGAACUGUUGUUUUUUUCUUUUUUAUUGUUCAUAAGAUCCACACCACCAAUUGUAUCAUUCAAGGGAACAUUCAAUGUUAGAUAUAUUUUAAACCUUAGUAAGUUAACUGUUUGUCUGAAAAUUGUCUUAUAAUAAUAAGGUUUAACUGUUAUUUGAAUUGUACGUAUAUUUAUAUGUAUAUAGAUCCUCAGAGAAAUGUAAUAAAUAAAUUGUAGAAUUAACACUAGGUGGCACUAGAGUAUUCCUUGUUUAGAUUGGAGUUGUGUGGCUAGUUUUGCCUAUUUCUAUUAAUGUCUAUUUAACUGCAGGAUUCUGAAUACAUUUGAAUAUUUUACAUAUAUUUAGAUUUUGACAUGCAGAUUAGGAAUUACCAGUAAAAUGUAAUAGAAGGCAAUUUUUUGUAUUUUAUUUAAAAUUUUUGGUGAAAAAUGAAUAUUAACUGUGCAAUUUACUGUGGUGUUUUGUUGGGAGGGGGAGACAUAGUUUUUCAUGAAAAGUUCAUUACAUGUAUUAACAUUGUUCAAUGGGCCUGAAGCCAGAGGCUUAGAAAUUAAUAAAAACGAUAUCUAGGGCCAUUGAAAUAUCUCAUUUAAAUUACUGCUGACAUCUCCGUAUAGUUCCUUAAAAUCUCAAUCAACAAUCCAUUAGAGCUCAACA